GAAGGGGAAAAAACCCGAACCGUUUAGGCGCUGAUUAUGGCGGUUUAAGGGUAAAGAGUGGAAAGCACUGAUAAACGAGUUUCCUCUUCUCCCAAGCAAAGGCAAGUUCUGGUUUCUUCCAUUUCGCUCGUAGCUGCGAUUUGAUCGAGAGAGAGAGAGAGAGAUGGCUUGCGUGCACGACCAUAGCUGUGAAGAUCACGAUUGCUCGUCAGAUUUUUCUCUCUACAAACAUGUAGACCUUUCCAAGGUUUCUGCUUUGAAUGAGGCUAUUACAGGAAGUGUCAAGUCAGUUUUUAGAUCUUGGGAACAGCGACUAAAUUCUUCUGAGGGCCACUUGGAGAGCAACGAGGGUGAUCCCGAGUUACUAGUUUUCAUCCCUAUUGGUGCACUUUUACUUGUUCAAGAUCUUAUGCAGGCUGUACUCGUAGAUUCAUGCAUCCUCCAAUCUGUUGUUAAAACAUUUACGUCUGAUGUUAAAAUCAAGAGCAUUUCAGUUGUCGGUGGUGCUGAUGGAACAAGUCCUUCCAAGAUGAGGGCGUUCAUAAACCGAGAAGGUAUUGACUUUUCUGAUGCUCAAAAUAUGCAACCCAUUCAGGAGUGGGAUUUGGCAGAGAAUUUGCAAGGAGUUUUAGAGUACCAGACAAAAUAUUCUAGAUUCCAAGGCGUGGGGAAUCUCACAUUGCAUUUUCCUGAUAAUUUUGGUGGUGAUGCAACUCAGAUACAUUACAUUGGCUUAAAGGGUGAAGCUACACAAUUGAAGAGGGAUGCCGUCGCGACCAUUGUUUACGAACUGAUGCCCAAUCCUUCUGACCACAAGACAAAAGCUGAAGGUGGAGGGGGCCUUUCGCAAGUGGAAUGAAGAUUGCUUAAAAGCAAGGUUGCAUUACUUAAAGGAGUGUAUUCCUUGUGUACAUUUGGCCACAGGAUAUUAACACAGACCCUUCGUUCUAGAACUAAUCAAUUCUACUCGCAUCUUUAGAUUCUUGCCAUUUUUCUUCAUGGUGAAGUUUCUUGUUUUAGAUGGAGCAGAUGUUACUCAGAAAGAUAUCUAACUGCUUCUGGAAACACUUCUAGUCGUCAAUGGAGAAUUACGUUUUGUCAA